AUGGCUGAAAGAAAUUUCACCUUGGUUACUGAGUUCAUUCUUCAGGGAUUUUUGCUUUCUAGAGAGCUGGAAAUUGUCCUCUUUGUGCUUGUCUUUGUGGUGUACUCUCUAACAAUGGUAGGGAACAUUGGUAUGAUCUCACUAAUUCGAUUAGAUUCCCGACUUCACACACCCAUGUACUUUUUCCUCAGCAACUUGGCCUUUGUUGACCUCUGUUACUCUUCCUCCAUAGCUCCAAAAUUCUUGUCAACCCUCUUGACUGAGGAUAACAGAAUCUCUUUCAAUGCUUGUGCAAUUCAACUAGGCUUUUUUCUCACAUUCUUAAUUUCAGAGAUGUUCCUCCUUGCUGUGAUGGCAUAUGACCGUUACGUGGCCAUCUGUAAUCCCCUUCUCUACAUGGUGAUUAUGUCUCAGAGGGUUUGUGUACAAUUGGUAAUAGCCCCUUACUUGUAUAGCUUUUCAGUUGCUUUCUUUCACACCGUGGUUACAUUUCGCUUGAUCUAUUGUGGUCCUAAUAUCAUCAAUCAUUUCUACUGUGAUGAUGUCCCACUGAUUGCGCUUGCUUGCUCAGACACAAGUCUCAAAGAGAUAUUGCUUUUUAUCUUUGCUGGGUUCAACAUGAUCAGCUCCCUCUCAACAGUUCUCAUUUCAUAUUUAUACAUUGUCAUUGCCAUUUUGAAGAUCCAAUCCACAGAAGGCAGACUCAAAGCUUUCUCCACCUGUGCCUCUCACCUGACAGCAGUCACUGUAUUCUAUGGGACACUGAUCUUUAUGUAUCUGCAGCCUAAGUCAAGCCAUUCCCUGGACACAGAUAAGAUGGCUUCAGUGUUUUACACAAUGGUGAUCCCCAUGCUGAAUCCUAUGAUCUACAGUCUGAGGAAUAAAGAAGUAAAAAAUGCCCUUCGAAAAGUUUAUGAAAAGUUGCAUUUAUUGCCCUUGGCAUAUUUAAAAAAGUGA